AUGUCUUAAGAAUAGGUUCUCGAUCUUUAAAUCCUCAGUCAAGUCAGCCAUCUAAGAUUGAGAAGCAAAAGAAAAUGGAAGUGUUAAAAAGAAAGGGGUAUUUAUAUGUUAAUAAUUAAAUAGCAUAGUUUAGUAUUAAAAGUAAUUUUGAAGUCAUCAAAUAAAUUUAUAUUUGAACAAGCAGCCAAGUAAUUUGAAUUCUGUGAUGCCUUAGAUUAAGCUACUUAUGGCAAUAAUAUGGAUGUGAUUAAAUAUUUUGAGAACUUUAAGCAGAAUAUCAAGCCAAAGAUUAAAACGGUUAAGUUAGAAUUAAAAUCUAAAAUUGCUAAUAAAUCCCAUAGCUGUAUCUUUGGAUGUUAUUUCCAAUGA